AUGCUGCGGUACACUCCCCGGCACAUUGGGUUUGAAGCCGCGGUCGAUGGCCCGCAACUUGUUGUCGAGGCUUCGUUCAACGGCUUCCGCGCCGCGUCUCAGCCGGUGCCUGCUGCCGUUGAACCGGGCUUUGAUACCUUGUUCGAGCUCCCGCUGCCGGCUGGCCCGCCACACGCCCUGCUCCACCUGGCGGAGCGCGUCCACAUUGCUGUUGUGCGUGUCGAUCCUCAGGGCGUCGAGCCCGGGCCCGUCCGCACCGUCAUCGGCGCGUACGACCUCGAGUGGCGCGGCGUCCUCGCCGCCGUCCGCGACAAGGCCUCACUCGAGCUCCGCGGUGUCGGCGAGGGUGCAUCGGUCACCGCAGGCCUCCUCGAUGUUGCGCUCUCGGUCUCGCCGCCGUUUGCGUGCACCGGCCUGCUACAGGAGCCCGAGCUCCGCAAGGCGCUCAAGGACGAGCGCACGCGCGAGGCCCAGGCUGACAAGGCCUUCCUCAUCUACGCCAAACAGUGGUGGCGCGAGUAUCUCGCUGCACGCGAUGUCCACCGUCACCGAGUCGUCAAGGUCCUCGCCGAAAAUGAGGCCGGCGUCUCCCGCCCGGUCUCGACCUUUGUCACGCCGUUGCCGGCCGGCCGGCUACUCGGCUCGCCGCGGGCCGCCGCCCGCUUUGUUGCCCUCCUUCACCACGUCCGCCCCCUCCGCGUCGGCGGCGAGCGCGCCGAGAUCUGGCAUGCGCCCGCCAGCGUCCUUGCCCAGGGCGCGGGUGCCAUCCACGACCUUGCCCUCCUCCUCGCCUCGCUCUUCCUCGGCUUUGGCCUCAACGCCUACGUCGCCGUUGGUACUGGGCCGGCUGGCGCCUACACAUGGGUGGUCACUCUUGACUCGCCCGCCACCGGUGCCGGUCCAGUCUUCUGGGAUGUGCUCUCGGGCGAAGCCCACGACGACCUCACCUCGCCUGAUACUUCCGCCCUCUUUGCCACUGUUGGCACACUCUUCAACAACACUCAGCUCUAUGCCAACGCCCAGGCCUCGGACGCGGUCGCCACCACAGCGUUUGAUGUGACUAACCCUGACCACUGGGCCGCCAUGGAUCCAGACGUGCUGGCGGCCUCGCGUCCGGCUGCGCGCACGGCCCUUCUCCCGUCGCCCAUGGACGCCAUCGAUGCGGCGCUGGGCCUCGAGACAGUCGUUGCCGCUCGCCUCGAGUCUUAUCGUCGCGAGCUUGGCCUCUCAACCGUCUGGUCACACCCGCUCUCACAUCUACUCGAGCCUGCGCUCGCCACCUAUGAGCUGGAGCGCCUCGCCGGCGCCGCUGUCCCCGGGAACGCCGAGUUCCAGCAGGCCGUCCGCGCCCACGUUCCGCGCGGCUCGGUCUUCAAGGCAUUCCCCAUUCAGUUCAAGUCGCCUUCGCCCGCCCCGAUCUGGGCUGCCCUCCUCGACUCACCGGUCGCUGCCUCCAUCAUCCAAUCCCCGCACCCGCGCGCCAAGUUUGGCCUUCGCGUCUCGGUUGCCACCUACCCGGACGCGGUCGCCGCCGUCUGGCUUGUCAUCGCCCUCAUCUACCCCAAGUCCACGUAACCAAAUGACAUCAAAUCACCUAUCCC